CGUACCGAGGAAGGUCUGGUAGGCAAUAGUUGCGCAUGCCGCCAACUUUCAUGGUUGCCAAUGCCGUCUCUUCCAUCGGUUCCGCGCUACGAAUACCUCAGCUCAUCCUGCGUGCCGUCCUUUUCCUGGUGUCUGUAAAUAAUACUCUUCUUCCUCUUACAACUACCUACACACACAUGAGUUACCAGAGCCGUCCAUCGCAUUGGAAUUCCUCAACCGUCCCGUCUUAUCCUUCGUCUCCCGUUAUACCCGAGGCCAAUAGUCCACAAACCUCGACAUACCUUCAGUUAGAAACCUACGUAGACAUUCGCUACUAAUCGCCCACGCCACUCAGACGUUCAAUUCCAUCUCGUCCCGCCUCGUCCGCCAUUGUAAGCUAUGCCUAUUGCCUACGUCCCCCUGCCCUGCUCUUUUACCUUAUUCACUACUUUCCUUCUUCCCCUCUUCCCAAACGUCCCAUCUCAUUUCAACCCAUAACAUACCCCCCGUCGCUUCGUCUUUUCUUGCGAAAGCCAGAGCCAAACAGAAGAAGGAAAAGAAGUCCAUCCGUCCUUCUUUGGCCCCUCUCGUCCUGCUCCUCCCGCCUCAAAUCAAGCUCGCAAGUUAUCCAUCCUUGGAAGAGGGGACACACAGGGCGCACACCGCACACACCGCACACCACUCACCGCGGUCGCGUCGCAGAGUCUCUUCCCCCGCCAGACAACAUCCUUGCAUGCUGCUUGAGUCUGCCGUCGCAACCAAUCCCACUAUUUCGUUGGAUACGCUGCGCGACAAAGCCAAUUCCCACUGUUUCCAUUCGGGCAUCCAGAACUUUGAGGUCGGGAUACCGUCGCAGCACUGAACCAUCGCGACCGCUUUACCCUGCUGUACCUGGUCUUCCGGCUUGCCUGCCCACGCCUUUCCGCCUCUCACUCUCACAUUCACACACUUCUCUUCACCGUACGUGCGCUCCGCUCAACUGUACCUCUCUUGCUGUUCGCUCGCCUUGCUGGGACUCUCUAGCUCUCGCCUACCAUUUCACAUCUCCAUCUUCCCCCCGCUUGAACAGGGGCAGUUCCCGGGUCAUCGACUCUAACCGCCUCGCCUCGCCCUCGCUUGCCUCUCCCUUCUUCCCCCAUCUUACACCCCUCAUCGUUGUCGACAUCUUCCCUGUCGUCAACAUCUCACUCGUCGAUUAUCGAUUCUCUGGCCCAUCUCAUCGCUCGUCCCCCCACCAGUCACUACAAUCACGGAACCCUCACUCACCCCCCCCUCUGUACCUUUACAGGUCUCUCAGGCUUCAGCAGUUCGAGUGGCGUUGCGCGCGGGGCUCCCCAUCUUCACUCUACUGAGGCAGUCAGAAGGUAAAACGUGAGACAUCCAUUCAACACGGACGGAGCCUGACUGGUCCGGACUUGUGAGAGUGUCCUGCGGUAUCUUUGCCGACUUGACCUGGCCGCCCCGGGACUGGAUGAGAAUUGAAUUUCGAUUGGAGACUCUCGAUGCUCGUUCCCACCUUGCUCUCGUCUAUCCCACACUUUCUCCCCUCCUUCUGAUCUCUCUUCCCUCCCUCCUCCCACCACGGCUGCUACUUGUUCCUGUACAAACACACACACACACUCAUACUCACACACACUCACACUCACACUCACGCACUCACACUCACGCACUCACACGCACCUCAUCCCGCACCCGCACCCGCAUGCCGUACUGAUCUUCCCGUUGUACCUAGCAACUAGACUUUCUUCUCCCGCCAAACAAGACGCAGAGAUCUUGCUUUUCCUUCAGGAGGUCCGAGGGUGGAAUGUGAUUAAGCCUCCACCCGGCUCUUGUCACUGACUGAUCGCAUGCACGCCUGACUCUGACGCUGCUCAACCGGUACGUCUUGCAUUUUCCUUCUAGUACCUUUCCCUCACAUUCUGAGGCUGCCCGUCCCGCCUAGCGCCAUCUCCAUCUCGUUGUACCUUUCCAUACUCCAUACACCUUUCUUUACCUUGCCUUACCGGCCGUUAGUCUUGUCUCCCAAGACCAAGACGACGCAUUUCUUAUGCCCCAUGCCUGUCUCUCCAUGUGCAGCAAGUGCUCGCACCGCGCCGUGUCCCAUCACCGCUGCACAUUAUCACGGGCAACCCUGCAUCCCACCUCAAACCCCCAACAUCCCUAACUCGCCUCGAUGCCCGACACUCCUUGACCCGACCUACACAUCCUCGUCUCCUCUUCCUAUGGAUACCCUCACUUGCUUUUUGCCAGCGCAUAGAGCCAUCUCAUGCACCUAAUCUGCCCAGUACCCCAGACCACUCUCCUAUUGUCUCUGACCGUAGGAAACUUCCCUUACACACGCCCUUUCUAAAACUCCAUACCUUAAACUUCAACCUCUCUCUUCUAUUUCUUAUACAUACUCUGCAUACCGCGCCCACUUUCUGGCUGAGUGAUUCCGGACUCUUUGUCACUCGGCCACACGCUACAUGUUUUUUCCAACCAGUGGUGUCUAACAAUGCCGGCCACCAUGACAGAUUCGGAGCGAUCUCGGCGUACGGAAAACUGGAUUCCCACAUCCACCCGAGGCGGCGUCUACUACUGCCCCAGAUAUCUUCUCGAUCCUCCCGCUACACAACAAAAUCGCCUACCGACGCCGCCCAUCCGUGCUCGCCAAGUAAGACCGCGAUCAAUACACAUCACCUCGUGGCCAUCGGGCUUUGUACCUCACGAAUUACGGCCACAACCAGAACGUCCUGUUAAGAGGAGGAAACCGUCAAAAGCAGUAUCCCCAACUACAACAGCGCUGGGCAAGACGUCAUUGAAGUUCAGCAUCAAGCAGUUCUUCUCCCUCUCUCAGAAACAAGUGCCAAGCCGUUCUACGUCGCGCGCAUCCACACUUUCCAGGCCUACGCUUUCGAGGCCCCCGAGCAGAGCCGCGAGCAUCCUCAAUCGACUCUCUACCUAUCGUGAGGUAGAUUUGGUGGUUCCGGACGAAGACACAAUGGCGCUACCAUCUGCCGCCAUGAGCGAGGCCUUGCGGCCGCCUCUCAUGAGCUCUACAUACAACACACCCGGGCAGCGAAACAGCUUGAUGUCGGUACGGAGCGCAAAGAGCAACGUAACAUCAAUGGUCACCGAGAUCCCCAAGCCUAUCGCCCAUGGCAGCGGCGUUAGCUGCUCGAUCUUGAUGGCGGAACCAAAUAUCUUCUUGACUGGAUUUGACCACGACGGCCACAGACAACAUUCACAAGGCGGCACAGCUCUCCUUCGCGGAAAGCUGCAGUUGAAGGUCACGAAAAACAUUAAGAUUAAGGGUGUGAGCUUGAAGUUGGUGGGAAAGGCUCGCACGGAAUGGCCCGAAGGAAUUCCUCCCUUGAAAGUCGACCUCUAUGAGGAGGAGUCGCUGCGCACGCAAGUUUUGACCUUUUUCAACGCCGUAAACGACGGAUGGGAGACCGAGUAUGGGAACCAGUGUGUCUACACAUUGAAGAACAGCUCCACGAAUUCUUCUUCUACCAAUCUCGCCUCCAGCUCUCCCCGCAACUCGAUGUCGCCCUCGCUACUCUCGAUACCUCCUAAUCGACAGGGUCUUACCGCCAAGGAGCUGAAGCGCCUGUCUCUACAGUCAAACCAGUCGAGGAGCUUUGGCAAGGGCGACAACCCGAGCGGCAACCAGGCAAAGGGUUACAAGGUGUUUUACCCAGGUACUUACGAGUACACCUUUGAGCUGCCUAUCGACCACCAUCAGUUGGAGACAACUAAGCUUCAGUAUGGCUCGGUGAAGUGGGAGCUGCAGGCAACCAUUGAGCGAGCUGGCGCUUUCAAGCCCAAUCUUCACGGUUCCAAGGAAGUCGCCAUCGUCCGCGUGCCAGAUCAGCUCUCGCUCGAAAUGACGGAACCCAUCUCAAUUAGCAGGCAAUGGGAGGAUCAGCUCCACUACGAUAUUAUCAUCUCGGGCAAAUCAUUUCCCUUGGGCACCAAAAUCCCGAUUGCUUUUAAGCUCACGCCGCUUGCCAAGGUUCAGGUUCACAAACUCAAGGUUUUCGUCACCGAAUCGAUUGAGUACUGGACCAACGACCGCAGAGUUACCCGUAAAGAUCCGGGUAGGAAGAUUCUCCUGCUCGAGAAGACUGCUGGCAAGCCACUGGACCCUGCCUAUGCGUCGUCGGAUGUUCGCGUACUCAAUGGUGGUGAGCUCACGCCCCGCCAGCGCCGGGAGGCCCGAGAAUCUGCAGCCAUGCGGCGCGCAGCCGAUGCCUCUCGACACGGUGUGAUGCCCGAGCCUCUCCCCGAACCAGUAGACAACAUCUUGGGUGACUUGGAUCUUGGACUCGAGAGCUACUGGGGCUCCACCGAGAUUGAAAUGAACGUUCAACUGCCGACUUGUGAGACCAUGGCCAAGAGCAAGGAGAUGCGCUUGCACCCCGAUUGCAGUUGGAAGAAUGUCAAUGUGUACCACUGGAUCAAGAUCGUCAUGCGGAUCUCUCGCCUCGACCCUGAGGAUCCCACCGGUACCAAACGCCGUCACUUUGAGAUCAGCAUCGACUCACCGUUCACGGUACUCAACUGCCGCGCUACUCAAGCAAACACCUCUCUUCCCGAGUACUCAGGCCCCGAUGUCGGCUUAAACCAAAGCCGUCACACGUCUUGCGGCUGCCCCGAUGCUGUCACCAUCUCUGGUCCAUCUGAGGGCUCACCCAACAACCUUUCAACCGGCGCCCUCACCGUAAUGGAGGCGCCUAGUAACCUUCCCGCGCCCCCACAAGCCGCCCACCUUCCCUCCUCACCGCAACCUACAACCGGCGGCACCGGUCGGUUGUCGCCGCCAAACUCCCAGACGUCGGUGGACCCUCUCGCCGACGUACAUCCCCGACCCAUUCACCUACUUCGCGUGCCGUCCUACAAUCCGCCUGCGUUUGAUGCUGAGACGCCCCCGCCGCCCGCUGAGAACGACCAGCUCCCGCUGCAGACGCCCCCACCUCAGUACGAUGUCAUUGUCGGCACGCCGAGCGUCGACGGCAUGGCAGACUACUUUGCUCGGCUCGCAGAUUACGGCUACGACGAACCCGAGGAAGACUCCGACUCGGAUGAGGGCCCGGCUCGCAUCACUGAGCGUGGAGGGCGCGUCAACGUGGCGCACCCUCGCACACCCGGCGGCAGACGCGCUCCCAGCCGCAGUAUGGAAAUCCAGCGCCCUCCCGUCGAACUAAGAAUGGACGCUCUACCUAACUUGAACUUGCGGAGGGAUGGUGUCCACCCGCAAAUCAACUGAACAUAAUGCUGUAAUAUCACAGAAAAAGAACUGUCACAAAUUGGAGGAGAUGAGAUGAUCAGACGAGAAACUUGGACGAUGAAGGCUUGGAAAGAGGAUACAUUCGAAUUACUUUUGCAUCAUGACUAUGGAUCAUCGAGACGACAUCUAAAACACUACUUGGCAACGCAUCCUCAUCAGGAUUGGUCGGCGCAUUCACGAAGGGGAAUGGGUUUCGGUUGGUGAAUGUAUGCUCGUUAGACGCGAGCAGGACUGGGAGGAACACAGUCUGGCGUUCUUGUUGUUCUUUUUGGGAUAUAUACCUGG